GACCAAAUAUUAACAAUCUUGUAAGAUUGAGAUUAUUCUAAAAAGUAACCUACAGUCUGUUUCAAGGCUCCUCCCUCCGUGAAUAGUGGGGGACUGUAGAACCCGGACCGCAACCCUCACAGACAGUUGGAGGAGACAGAUAAUGGCUACACACUGACAACAGAUGGAUUUAAAACCUCUUCCGAGUACACGCAAGGAUAUAAAGUAAUGUAUGUAGCCUGUCAGAAAAGUCUUGUCGUUUAUGAUUUUGUUUUAUCCGGGAAAAUAAUCCCGUGGUCUCGAGCCUGCGUGUUUACGCGCGGACAUAAAGUCGCGUGUUAGAAUUAAUUUGGAAUGGGGAACAACCAAGUUUGUAUAAUAUCUUCCCAGUUGCUGGUUCUGAUUAUUCUUUCACUUCUACGGGGAGCAAAUGGUCAGCAUGGCCUCCGUGGAAUGUACGUUCCUGAACAUGGCUUUUGCCAACCUAUUUCCAUUCCUCUCUGUAUGGAUAUUGCCUAUAACGAGACUAUCAUGCCAAAUGUAUUAGGGCACAUGAACCAAGAGGACGCUGGGCUUGAAGUACACCAGUUUUAUCCGCUUGUGAAAGUUCAAUGAUCUCCUGACCUGAAGUUUUUCCUCUGCUCCAUGUAUGCCCCCGUUUGUACGGUGCUGGAACAAGCACUGCCUCCGUGUCGCUCGCUCUGCGAGAGAGCGAGGCAGGGCUGCGAGGCACUGAUGAAUAAAUUCGGUUUCCAGUGGCCUGACAGCCUCGCCUGUGAAUCUAUCCCUGUUCACUGAGCGGGUGAGUUGUGCGUCGGGCAAAACGUGUCUGGUAGAAGCACUCCUAUUAAUCCCUCCUCGGAUGUAACAGAAUCACCUUAUGUUCAGCGUAGGACUGUAAAAGGACAGUUUCGAUGCCCAGUUGCAUUGAGAGUACCCCCUUAUUUGAACUACCGUUUUCUUGGGGAGGAGGAUUGUGGUGCACCUUGUGAGCCCUCAAAACCACAUGGAAUGAUGUACUUCAAUGAGGACGAGUUGAAAUUCUCCAAGAUCUGGAUUGGAAUAUGGUCUGUGUUAUGCUGCGGGUCCACUCUGUUCACAGUUUUGACCUACUUGGUGGACAUGCAGCGGUUCAGCUACCCAGAGCGACCUAUCAUUUUCCUAUCAGGCUGCUACUCCAUAGUAUCAUUAGCCUACAUUGCUGGCUUCUUGUUGGGGGACAAGGUGGUAUGCAACAACCGCUUUGACAGCGAUGUCAAAACAGUCAUCCAAGGCACCAAAAAGGAGGGCUGCACCAUUUUGUUCAUGAUGCUCUACUUUUUCAGUAUGGCCAGCUCCAUCUGGUGGGUCAUCCUGGCCUUGACGUGGUUCUUGUCAGCCGGGAUGAAGUGGGGUCACGAGGCCAUCGAAGCCAACUCGCAGUACUUCCACCUGGCGGCAUGGGCGGUACCCGCCAUCAAGACCGUCACCAUCCUGGCGGUGGGACAGGUGGACGGCGACGUUCUGAGUGGCGUGUGCUAUGUGGGCAUUAACAGCGUGUACGCUCUCAGAGGCUUCGUUCUGGCGCCGCUCUUCAUCUACCUCUUCCUGGGGACCUCAUUCCUUCUGGCCGGCUUUGUGUCGCUCUUCCGCAUCCGGACCAUCAUGAAGCAUGACGGCAUCAAGACGGAGAAGCUGGAGAAGCUCAUGGUGCGCAUCGGCAUUUUCAGCGUGCUCUACACGGUGCCCGCCACCGUCGUCAUCGCGUGCUACUUCUAUGAGCAGGCGUUCAGGGAACAGUGGGAGAAGAGUUGGGUGAGUCGGACGUGUAAGAACUACGCCAUGCCGUGCCCUGGGCACCACCACCCGCAGAUGUCGCCAGACUUUACCGUCUUCAUGAUCAAGUACCUGAUGAUGUUGAUUGUGGGUAUCACCUCUGGCUUCUGGAUUUGGUCAAGUAAGACGCUGAAUUCGUGGAGGAGAUUUUAUACGAGACUGGCGAGCAAUAAACAGGGUGAGACAACAGUGUAAGACCUAAUACUUUUGUUGUCCCCUGAACACACACACACACACACACACACACACACACACACACACACACACACACACACACACAGAGAUGCAUGAACAGAAGAAAAAGCUACUGUGACACACUUUUAAAAUAAGUUACAAAUAAGCUUUUUUGGGGAGAAAUUUUUACAUAUUUGUAUUUAAAAUAGCCCACACAUCUGAUUCUAAUCUAUCACACUUUUAUAUAAAAAGAAGGAAAGCUCUUAUCUAGUUCAAUGAGGAGAAUUAGACUGUCUGAACUUUUUCAUUCAUUCUAUUUGUGCUCCAUUGAACUUUUUCAUGUCAUCCUUUUAGUGGUGUUUCAUGUGAACUAUGGGAAGAUCUCAAUUACGUACUCCUCGCAUCCUCAUCUCCUUCUCAAAAAGGAAUUGGAUGAGAGCCAGUGUUCACUCCCCUGUGCAAUUUAGAUCUUCCCUGUAUUUGAGAAACAGUCAUCAAGGUUCUGUUGGACUUUUGCUGUAUUCUAUGAGUCAUAAUAACCUUUUUUCACAAUCAUUCCAUAGACCACUAUUUCAAACCUGGUUACAGGCCACUUCAUAGUUUAUUCUCGUUUCUAUUGAUGUAUUUGUUUUACCAUGUGUUUUUAUGGGAUGUCUGAGCAUUCAUUUUUCUUUCACCAUGUGUAUUUUGUGUUUUGGGGAUAUUUUACCAUUAAAGUGAAUGCAGACUUCUCCAAAGAAAUAUUAGAUUAGGGGAUGAGAUCAAUACCCUUAUGUGUAAACAAAAGCCUGUCGCUAUUGAACUACUUUGAAUUUAGCACUCAUUCAAAGGCCUUCUACAUACGGGGAUAGAUCCAAAAUUAUUACUUUCUGCACACACAAGCUAUAUGACUGGAAUUGACAAUAAUGGAAUGCUCAGUCCAGUGCCUUUGUUUUAAGAGCGUAUGGGUGGAGUUAUUGUCGUUGAAGUCCAAUAAUCCAGCUUUCCAGCUGUCUCCACAACUAUCCAUCCUCUUUCUAGUCACCAAGGGAUUGUUUUCUACUGACUCCAAGCACAUUAUUCUGCUUAAAUGGGUGAAAAAUUUAGUAAUACCGCACAACACUUGAAUGAAAAACAUGCUCAACCUCCUUAGAAAUCUGUCACACUGUAGUGCAUGUUGCGCAUAAUGUCAUAUUCGUUAUUCUAUAAUUAAGAAAUAAGGCAAAAAAAUUCGUAUAUCACGGGUAUGACCCCAAAAUAUUUUUUUACUGUUCUAUGUAAGUUGGUAACCAGUUUAUAAUAACAAUAAGGUACCUCUGAGUUUUGCGUUAUAUGGCCAAUAUACCACGGCUAAAGGCUUUUCUUUCUGGAUACAGGCCUUAGCUAUGGUAUGUUGGCCAUAUAACGCAAAACUCUGAGGUACCUUAUUGUUAUUAUAAACUGGUUACCAACUUACAUAGAACAGUAAAAAAAUAUUUUGGGGUCAUACCCGUGAUAUACGGUCUGAUAUACCACAGCUUUCAGCCAAUCAGCAUCCAGGAGCCAAACUUCCCGGGUUAGUAAUACAAAACAAAGCUUGCAUCUGAAUUUUUUAGAGUCACAGCUCUAUAAUGGAUGUAAUUUGAAUCUCAAUGAAAAAUACUGAUGAAUUUUAUAAUUUCUUUGACAGAGAUCAGUCAUUGAGCUCUUGUUGCCCUAAUGCACAUGGAGGGUUGCGUUCAUUAGGCACCAAACAGAAGAAAACAGACAAACCGGGAGGGAAUAUAUGGACUUGUCCAAUUAUCCUUUGCAAAAUAUUCUCUGUUGCAUGGCCUAAUGAACACGACCAUGUUGUACACUUGUUCUUGAUGAUUCUUCAUAUUAUGCAUUGCUUCACUCCAUUUAUGCAUUUUUGUCAAAGGCAUCAACGCUGAUAUUGAUCUUUCUGUUUGAGCGUUGGUAUAUUUUCUUACCCAGGGAUUACAUUUUCUUAAUCGGAGCCAUUCAUUCUUUUAUAGCACUAUGUUUGUAUUGAGGUCAAUGUUGUUUGUAUGCCGACCAAUGUUUUUAAAUUGCAUAUGACUUUCUAACACCCUUUUUCUGUCUACCAAUGUGUAUAUUAAACAGAUAAUCCUAGCAUACCAUCAUUUAAAUGAAAAUAAAAGCUACCUCCAAUUUAUUCA